GUUCAGUUUACGAGGAGCUGCAAAGGCGGCAUAGAACUCCGCGGGAAAUUCAGAGCAGGCCGACGUUUGUCGUAUUUGGAGUACAAACAUAAAAAAGACGGGCGUUAGUAUCAAACUUUAACGCUAGCAGAAGACCUUCGUGCAAACAAUUUAGCAAAAUGUCAAAGAAGAAAGGACUAAGUUUGGAGGAGAAGAGAACCCGCAUGAUGGAGAUUUUUUUUGAAUCGAAAGAUGUGUAUCAGCUGAAAGACAUUGAGAAGAUCGCUCCCAAGGCAAAGGGUAUCGCUCCAAUGACUGUGAAGGAAGUCCUGCAGAGUCUGGUGGACGAUAACAUGGUGGACUGUGAAAGAGUAGGUACAUCCAACUACUACUGGGCCUUCCCCAGCAAAGCCCUGCAUGCUCGCACACACAAGCUAGAGGAGCUGCAAAAACAGAUUUCUGAAGCAAAGCAGCGGCAAGUGUCUCUGCAGAAAGCCGUUGAAAAGGCGAAAGUAGGACGCCAAGAUACAAAAGAGAGAAGCUCACUGCUGAAGGAGCUUCUUGCUCUGAGAGAGGAGCGAACGCAGCUGCAGGCUGAGUUGGAGAAGUACAGAGAAUGUGACCCAGAAGUUGUGGAAGAGAUGAGAAAAUCAAAUGUUGUAGCAAAGGAAGCUGUUUCCAGGUGGACAGAUAAUAUUUUUGCCAUCAAGUCAUGGACAAAGAAGAAGUUUGCCUUUGAUGAUAACCGCAUUAAUAAAGCUUUUGGGAUCCCCGAGGACUUUGACUACAUGGACUGAAGAUCUGUCUUCUUCUCGUGGCUGCUGGAAAAGCAAGUGUUUAAACUACACUUUGAUUUUGUGCUGGAGCCCUUGUCUCUGCAUUUUUACUUUUAUAUAAAUGAACCAGUAAAAAUGUGAGCAGGCUUUGAAGAAUGUCUCAUUUCAUCUGUUUUGCUGAAACAGCUGGACUUCACUAUCAGCAGAUCUGUUGCUUUGGUGCAACCAGAGACAAGACUGAACCAACUAGAAGUGCCUACAAGGGUUGAGAGAGUGUGUGAUGAACGCAAUUUAUUAGUCUGAGUUUUGGGACACCUGUUUGCAUGAAAACUGAGAGCUCUAAGUUGUUGAUGGAAGGGAAUUAACACUUGAGACAUCUGAGUUGCCAGUGAUAUGAUUUGUAUGGUUUAAACAGAUGUUUUGUAAUCAUAUGCUCGUUCACUCUUCCUCGUGUUUUUUUCUGGAAAAAAGAUUCGCUUUUUUCUUCAUUCACAAGAACCACAGUAGGAGAACUUAACUACCCACGACAAGUUUAGGAAAUGUUUUUACUGUGCAGUAAAUAUUUAAAGUAAAUUUACUUUUCACUUCUUCAUUUGAGCUAAUUUUCUAAGUGCGGAGUGUAAAGUAUUUGAACAAGGCUUCCUGUGUUUUGGACUUUUCUUUCUUCGCUGGAAGGUUUCAACUCACUUUCUGUUUAACCGCCAAAAGUGUAAGAACGCUUGUUAUUACACAUCUAGAAUGUCUAUUUCUCCACUUUCUGUUCACCCUUUUUCUGUUGAACCAGAUGCAAACCAGGCAGUUGUGUGUUGACCUAGUUCACAAGGCAAAUGUGCCUGGGUGUGUUGAUUUAAAUUUCAAAUGUGAUUGUCAUUAUUUUUCUGCUAGAUGUCUGAUACCCAAACAUGUUCUUCUCUGUUGAUUGAUUAUAGUGCUUGUUUUUACUUCGAUGUGUCAGCGUGUGUCGAGUGUCAAGUUAUUUUUGUCUGUAAGCCAGUAAAGAAGAGCAUGUUAUUAGGACAUGUGUCUGAGAUACACAUUUAUAAUUUUUCCUUUUUGUAUAGUGAUGAGGAUAAACAAUGUGCAAAUGUAAAUGCCCGAGUUCUUCUGUUGUGCAUUAAGUUUUGUCUGCUUUAAGUUGUCUGUUAGACGUACACUGGUUACUAUAGCAACAGUCAACCAAAGAAAUGAAAUGCAUAGUUGCACUUUGUUUGUCGGCGCUGACACACCCUCAAUGUGUUCAUGUUUGUACUUGCCCAACCUGUUCUGGCUAUAUUUUAAUGAAUCUGACAUGUCAAGUGUGACACGA